AUGUGGUCUUCAUUUGGACGAAAUUUGCUGCUAGAGAUGCGAUUUUGGACGGCAAAUAUGGCAACUUCGGUGACCAACGUUGCCAAGCGAAAUGCCGGACGCGCCGGUACCGCGGGAAAAUCUCGGGGCAACACGGGUAUGACUGGCUCCGUGAAACCGACGAAAAAGGAAAACGAAAAGGUUUCAAAAGGGCGACUGCAGGCAGCAUCCGAUGUUCGUCCCAAGUCCACCACAGCUAGCCUCCCAGACAGAACCUCUCCUCCAAAUAGAAAACUGACCACUUCCAGCAGUGCUGGUAAUGUCAACGCCAAGCGUAAUGUCCGCCAGCCCAGACUGAGGAGUAGUCAGUCCGAUGCGGGGAUUGCAAAGGCAUUCCAGAAGUUAACGAUUCAAGAGAGGAAAUCAGCAUCAAGUGCCCAGUCUCGCCGCAGCAGCUCAGCCAGCGGCGGUAGCCACGUCUGUAAGAGCCUAGAGGAUGUAGCUCGCUGGAUCCUCACCAAGAAAUGCCACAGCAUCGUUGUCAUGGCUGGUGCUGGCAUCAGCACGCCGAGCGGAAUCCCAGAUUUCAGAACUCCAGGGUCUGGUCUGUAUGACAACCUGCAGCAGUACAAGAUCCCCAGCCCUGAGGCCAUAUUUGACAUUGACUUCUUCCAUCGUGACCCGCGACCUUUUUUCACUUUGGCCAAGGAGCUUUACCCAGGGACUUACCGGCCAAACUACGUCCACUAUUUUGUCCGGAUGCUGCACGAGAAAGGCAUCUUGCUGAGGAUGUACACACAGAAUAUCGAUGGCCUGGAAAGAAUUUCAGGAAUCCCCGCAGCCAAGUUGGUAGAGGCACAUGGGACUUUUGCAACAUCAACAUGCACACGGUGCGGAGAGAAAUAUGAUGGUGAUGACACUAAGGCUGAGAUCAUGAAUGACGUUACACCGAUAUGCAAACAGCGAUCUUGUAGGGGUAAAGUCAAGCCUGAUAUUGUUUUCUUUGGAGAGGACCUACCAAAGAGAUUCUUCUAUUACCUGAAGGACUUUGCCCAGUGUGACCUUGUGAUAGUCAUGGGAACCUCUUUAGAGGUCCAGCCCUUUGCAAGCAUCAUCAACUCGGCCAGGGGCUACGUUCCCAGGCUGCUCAUCAACCGAGAAGCAGUAGGACCCUUUGCUCGGCCGCGCUCAGGCCGCUUCAACGAUGUAGCGGUGACUGGGGACCUGAUGGAGUGUGUCCAGAAAUUUGCUAGGGUUCUAGGCUGGAAGAAGGCCCUGGAAGACUUGAUCAAGGAACACGGAGCUGUGUUGGAUGAACAGUUUGGAUCUAGAAAAUCUACAGAGUCUGUGUCCGAAAAUGGUGUCGAUGGGGAUCCAGGAGUGGAUGGAAGCACUGAUGGCUCGGCCAAUGGGAAGCCUGCUUCUCUGGCAUCGUCAGGAGGAUCGACCAAUCAAAACCCAAGAGGUGGUUUCCGUGGUUACAGAGCCAACAGCUGCCAGUCUAUGGAUGCUCUGAAAGGACAUGCCACAAAGCCAGAUGGAUUUAAAUCCCCCUCAAGAAACUUGCACACUGUGUCAGAAACCACAGCCCCUCUAAACACCCUCGCAAAGUUCAACCCCUCUCAGAGAGUGGUACGGUCAACCAAUCACAGAGUAGCAUUGCCAAGACUCAACUCCAGACAGCCGCGGCGUAAGGAUACCUCGGGCAGAAGGGGUAAAUCAUCAUGGCGUAGUGAUUCCUCGGACAGCAGUGAUUCAUCUGAAAGUAGUUCCGAAACGGACUCAAGUGACAGCUAGCACAAGAGUUGUGUUAAAGCCCGUCUCCUCAUCAGGACAAAUCCAUGGAUUAGGUGAGUCUUCACUUGAAGUUGAUGAUCACUUUGAGUGAAUGACCCUGGAAAGCUGGUUUUUGCCAUGCGCCCACACUAGCUACAGUGCUCUUCCCGGAAAGAUGUCAAGAGUUGGUGCAUUUACGUUGAAAAUUGGACUUCCACAGACAAUGCAAUACACAUUCUAACGAGGGGCCUAUUUCAUCAUUGGAGCUGCUUAGCGCACAUUUUCCUAAAUAUGGUAACAUUUAGAUAGUAUAGGUGGUUACCAGUCAGAAUGUAACCUGACGUGUAUUGUGUGUGACCGGUUCUCUGCCGAAUUGUUUAGCAUCUUAAAUAGCUGUUAUUAUUAAGCAAUUUUUUUUUCUCUAGUUAACGGCACAGUCAUGUGUAGAUGCAGAAUGCAGAGGACCUCCGUAGGUCUUGAAACAAAAAAGAGUCCAUACGUUUGGAAUCUUUUUGAGAGAAGGAAAGGUCUAUCCAUACUAUUACCAGUAGUAGUCACAUGUACCCCUAACCCUGCUAAAUGCAACAGAAUGCACCAACGGUAAAAAGUUGUUGCAACUUGUUGCAUCUAGCAUUUGUCCUGAUCUGAUGCAUUCCACCAUUGCAUACCGUUGCAUUUGGCAGGAUAGGUACUUGGUACCAAGGCUGGCACUGCAUUCUGUUCCAUUUGGCAGGGUGCCUAGAGAAUACCCCGUGGGGGUUAGGGCUAAUUAGGGGCUAGACGUUGUUAUGGUUUGAUAUGUUAUAACCCGCCGCCGUGAUAACCCACCGCCGUGACAGGGCGUUAUCAUGACCAACUAAUAUCACCCACGAACCCAUCAGGAACGUCUUGGGAAAUUUGUAAAAUCUCCCCCCCCCCCCCGAAAAAUGGGGGAAACUAGUGUGCAUGCAGGCAAUUUUGGUCCAUAUUCAGUCCCACGCACACACUACACACCACAAAAGAGCUGACCAGUGAAGUGGCUCAAAAGUCCUGCAACACUAUACUGGGAGAAAUGUCAGAUUUUGGUUCGGAACUACUAUGAAAUGUUUUGAAUGCGGGCUGCAUAUUUAGGCCAAACAGGUAUGCGCAUUACACAACCGAUACGAUUUUCCCUAGACGUUGUUCCUGACGGGUUCGCAGGUGACAUUUGUUGGUCGUGAUAAUGCUGUCUCGCGGCGGGUUAUCACGUAUCAAACCAUAAAAAUGUAGCCCCUAGAAUAUCAUCAGGGGCACCGGCAAGCUUUCAGGAGAUGGGGGUUGAUAGGAAGGGGAGGGUGAGUUGAGUGAAGGCGUACCAAAGGCCUGCCCAGCUAGGGGGGUACAUGGAAAGGGCCCCCCCCCCCCCCCAAUUUGAGAAUAAAUUUCGGAACUUAAGCAUUCCACUUGAUUUUGUCCCCAUUUAACUCGUACAUGUAUCACAACAUUAGUUUGCGGCUGAACUUGGGGGUCGCACCCCCCCCCCCCCAAGAUUUACCAAGUUCACGUACCAGUACAUGUACAUGGACUCAUGUGUGUGUUGAUGUCCCCAUAAUUCAUGGGGUUUGUGAGAAAUGUACACAAACAAAAGGUGGAAGUGGCUUAUUGCCGAAUUUGGAAGUCUGUUGUGUUUGUCAAUUUUUUUCAAAAUCUACAGGGUGUAACUCCUCCCCCCCCCCCCCCCCUUAGCUGGUAUGCUUACUGUUUUGUUCAAAUUGCCAGGAUUUUUAUUUAUGCAAUUACAGGAAAGUAACCAGCAUCUUUUGUAAGACUGUUUUUGGAAGAAUUUGGUGUUUUCUGUGUAAAUUCCAAAAGCAGUUUAGCUGGUUCGAUAACAGUUGGUGCCAUGAAUUAAGCAUUAAUUUAUUGCCGAAAUUUGUGCAUAGGUGUGUCUGAAUGUAUAUGAUAGGGUAUAAGAGAUUAACUUAAAGAUUGCACUAUUUAUAAAUAUAGCACAGAUUUAUUCAAAUGUCUUGACUAACAAUGAUUGUUUUGGAAUAAAAAUAUAUUUGUUCACAUUAAUU